AUGGAUUUUCUGAAAGAUAACAAGCCUUCACCCGAAGAAAUGUGUGAAGAGGCAAAGAAGAAAAUUUACGCUUGCAGCACAACCACUUACACUGGCUUUCAGGCUGUGGUCACCGAAGAAGAGUCCAAGAAAUUUGAAAGAGACCAGUACAUUGAUGGAACCAUCAUCCAUCGGCCUCCGCCCAUACAAUACGGGAGAAACCAAGGAGGAAGACGAGACUUUAAUCGACAAGGACAAGGGAAUCCCUCUUACAAUAAUCAGGGUGCAAGGAACUUCAGACCUUCACAAAACUAUCCGCCCCGACAAGGAUCACAAGGAUAUCCAUCCCAACAGAGUCAUGGUCAAACAUCGCAAGGAUAUCCACCCCAACAAAAUUAUUCACCCCCACGUAACAUUGAUCAAGCACCACAGAAUUACCACCAACAGCAAAUGUUUGGUUCUGCUCCACCACAACAGAGCUUUGGAUCUCCAGGACAAGGAGAAAGAAGAAAUUAUGCACCACAACAGAACUUCGGACCACCAGGGCAAGGAGAUAGAAGAAAUUUUGCUCCACAACAGAACUUUAGACCACCGGGACAAGGAGAAGGAAGAAAUUAUGCGCCACGACAGAAUUUCAGACCUCCAGGACAAGGAGAAAGAGGAAAUUUUGCGCCACAGCAGAACUUUGGACCACCAGGGCAAGGAGAUAGAAGAAAUUUUGCACCUCUACAGAACUUCGGACCACCAGGACAAGGAGAAAGAAGAAAUUUUGCUCCACAACAGAACUUCGGGCCACCAGGACAAGGAGAAAGAAGAGACUCUGUGCCUAGUGAAGGUGGAUGGGAUUUCAAACCAUCAUAUAUGGAGGAAUUUGAACAGGCCAAUAAGGGGAAUCAGCAUCCCAAUGAACAGUCAGGUUCCCAACAAAGAUUUCCACCUCCUGGUCCUGGCAAUUUUACUGGAGAGGGUAGAUAUUGAUAGUAGUCUGAUUUAUGAUGGGUGGCCUGCAUCGAAGUUACCAAAAUUUACUAUAAGCUGAUUGCACGUCCUUGCCGAUGGGGUCAAAAAUUGAAUCUAUUGAGUUGUCAUUGUAUAUAUCUUUCCAUGUUCUGUUUUCAUUACAAAGAUGGAUGUUGUAAGGCUCUUACUAGCUGCCUCAUGAUUAGUUUAAACAUGUUUUAACUGGUUUAUGCUGGAUGGUUCUUUCUUUCCUUGAUGAUGAACAGAUUGAACGUGGUUUUGUUAUCACUUGUGUUGCCCCUAAGUCCGAUGAUAUUAUUGAUAAUCACAAGGAAGAGGAACUCGCUGCUUAGUUUAAUUUCAAUUUCUACUUU